AAACUUUGACGCAAUAAAACACGCAUCUCCACCACCAAAACCGAAGAAAACACAAUGUUUAUUCCAUUAUUAAAUGCACUAAAACCUUCAUACAUUAGCUUAAUUAACGCUUGUUUUCUCUCUUAAUCACUUCCAUAACUUGAUUUCAGAUGAAAAUAUGAUCAGAUAAGGAUUAGAUAUUCUGAUCAUAUAUACUACACAAAUUUGAGAGCAAUUUGGAGUUUGAAUCUGGUAAUUAAAUGGCAGCAAACAACAGGUGGUGGACAGGCCAAGUAAAUCUAUCAGGAGUGGAGUCUUCAUCUCCACCUCUUAAGAAACCAGAUCUUGGCAUAUCCAUGAACGAGAAUAUUGGUUUUCUACCAACUUCAUCGUCUCUGAACAAGCCAGAUCUGAGCAUAUCUAUGAAUGAAAACAUGGGAAAUGGUGGACGUGCCGACGAAGAGGAAAGAGAACACAGCGAGGAGCCUAAAGAGGGUGCUGUUGAAAUCCCAUCUCGUAGGGCAAGAGGCAGACCUCCAGGUUCCAAGAACAAGCCAAAACCACCAAUUUUUGUGACCAGGGACAGCCCUAAUGCCCUUCGCAGCCACGUUAUGGAGGUGGUGAAUGGGUCCGAUGUGGCAGAGAGCAUCGCACAGUUUGCGAGGAAAAGGCAAAGAGGAGUUUGUGUACUGAGCGCAAAUGGAACAGUUACAAACGUGACAAUUAGACAGCCUUCUGCUCCUGGCGCAGUCAUGGCUCUACAUGGCCGGUUUGAAAUUCUGUCUCUGACGGGUUCUUUCCUCCCCGGGCCGGCUCCGCCGGGAUCGACAGGGUUGACCAUAUACUUAGCUGGGGGUCAGGGACAGGUGGUGGGAGGUAGUGUUGUGGGUCCUCUGGUGGCUGCUGGUCCGGUCAUGGUGAUUGCAUCCACGUUUUCGAAUGCUACAUAUGAGAGAUUGCCUCUGGAGGAGGAGGAAGAAGGCAGCGGUGGCGGUGGAAUUACCGGGCCUGGACAGCUUGGCAGUAGUGGCGGUGGCGGAUCACCUCCAGGGCUGGGAAUUAGUGGGGCAGCACAGCAACAUGGUGGUAUGGGCGAUCCAUCAUCUUUGCCUGUAUAUAAUAUUCCACCAAAUUUGCUUCAUAAUGGCGGACAGUUGAACCAUGAAUCAUUUGCUUGGAAUCAUGGCCGCCCUUCUUACUAAAAUAAGAGAGAGAAAACUACUUUCUUGUGAAAGAAUGAGAUUGAAGGUUUGAUGUGUAUAUUAAUUGUCUUCUCAUAACUCUGAUCCAACUUCGUUCUACAUAAAAUUCUGCAUUUUAUUGCUUUCUAUCA